GGAACGGAAAUCGGUUUGCGUAACCACUACCACCGAUUCAUUCAUUUCAUUCUAAUCAAUUUUCCACUCCCACCGCACUACCUCCCUACAAUUUCUCUCCUCUCCAUAUCUCCUCCUAUAAUUCAUCAUCUUCUUCUUCUUCUUCAUCUGUUUCUUCUUCUUCUUCUUCAUCUGUUUCUUCCUCCUCGGUUAAACCCUCCUCCUCCUCCUCCUCCUCCUCCCUCUUUAUAUUUCUACAUCUUUUCAAGGUAUUCUAUUUUCCCAAUUAUUGCCAUAAAUCUGUGCGGAUUCUUGUAUGCCAGGAUCUGGACAUCAUAUCUCAUACUCUUGACUUCUUCUUCAGUGCCCGUAAGCUGUGGAAUUGAGCCUGUAAAUUAUUUUGGAAACGAGCAAAUGGCUCAUAUGCUUCGCCCUAACAAAAGAAGUAGGGAAAUAGAAGAUUUCUCAAGACAGCAGAAGCUUCAGAUUUCCUUAGAUUAUAAUGCUUGUCAAGAUGAUGCUGAUCGUCCAGCAAGCAUUAUAAACCCAAAUGCUGUAUCAACAGGUUUAAGGCUAUCGUAUGAUGAUGAUGAGCACAACUCCUCUGUUACCACUGCAAGUGGAAGCAUGACAGCUGCACCUUCUAUCAUAUUUUCUCUUGGUGAUAAUCUCAGGAUCGAGAUUGAUAGACAAAAGGAAGAACUGGAUCAAUAUAUUAAAAUUCAGGAAGAACAUUUGGCAAAGGGCAUUAGGGAGAUGAAGCAAAGACAUAUGGCUUCAUUUGUUAAUGCGAUCGAGAAAGGCAUUGGAAAGAAACUACAUGAAAAGGAUGUAGAAAUUGAGAACAUGAACCGUAAAAAUAGGGAACUAGUGGAGAGAAUAAAGCAGGUUGGCACUGAAGCCCAGAAUUGGCAGUGCAGAGCGAAGUACAAUGAAUCAGUCGUAAACGUCCUGAAAAGCAACCUUCAGCACGUUAUCUCACAGGGUGCGGACCAAGCGAAGGAAGGAUUUGGAGACAGUGAAGUGGAUGAUGCUGCUUCACACGUUGAUUCAAACAAUUACCUUAGUGUUCCAGGUGGAACUAUGAGAUCCUCAACCAGGAAUUUAGCAGGUUUCAAGGAGCGCAUGAUCUGCAGAGCAUGCAAGGCAAAAGAGGUUUCCAUCCUACUCAUGCCUUGUAGACAUUUAUGUUUGUGCAAAGAUUGCAAUGGACUUGUAAGUGUCUGUCCUGUCUGUCAGUUGAUCAAAACGGCUGGUAUCCAAGUGUACUUGUCCUAAAUUAUAAUCUUACCAAAGAGGAAAAUAAAAUCUUUAUCCUUGUGUAUGUGUGAUA